AUGUUCCACAGUAUCUUUAUCGCAGUCUUCUUGGCUUUUGCCCUUCUUUCAACUGCAUCUCCAAUCCACUUCUCACUUCUUAUGCGCGAUGAUACCAUCACCGAAGCCCAAAUGGUCCAAAUCGCUCCUACUGCCAAGUCGUGCGACAACCCCCCAGCCAAAGGAGAGUGCGCCACUGCUUCGCAAGCUGCAAAGUCCACAUCCAAGUCCUUCGAUAACUACAAAGUAACUUCUAAGGCUGAGCAAGCUGCUAUUAUCAGUCUGAUGGCAUUUGAGAGUGAUGAUUUCAAGUAUAACAAGAAUCAUUUCCCCGGAACUCCUGGCCAGGGCACUCGCAACAUGCAGUCUCCUGCUUUUAACAAGAAAUACGCCGCGUCUAUCCCAGCUCUAAAGGAUAAGAUCGCAUCGGUCUCGAAUAGCCCUGCUGAUCUUCUGGAUCUUCUGCGCAAUGACGAAACAUACGAUUUUGGCUCUGGUGCAUGGUUCUUGACUACACAAUGCUCGGAGGAUGUUCGUUCUGCGUUGCAGACUGGUUCCGAGACUGGAUGGCAGCGCUAUAUCAGUGAUUGUGUUGGGACUUCGGUUACUGAUGACCGAAAGGAGUACUGGGAGCGGGCUAUCAAGGCUCUUGGUGUUGCGAGCCAGUAG